UGUUUCCCCUCUCAGCUCGUUCAUGUCAUGACAGAGCGCAGCGCAGGAUCGCAGAGGUCCCCUCCAACGCCACUGGGACUCCGAUGCCGAGGACUCUUUUCCAGUGCUUUGAGUUUGGCUUCAUGAAAUAUGCGAUGUUCGCAGGAGCGCCCGCUUCUUUCUCUGCUGCACUUUGUUUUCAUUUUGGCAGCCGGCCACGGAGAGCUCUCUGACUCCGGCUCACUCCUCUCCUUCUUUGCAGAACAAGGUCACUUGUCCCAGUCAGAUGUGUCCAUUGUCCACCCGGUGAAAGCCAGCGCUGAUGGAGGCUUCAUCUCCCACUCUUUGUCCCACCACUUUGAGGGUGGGAGAGUCAGACGUGACCUGCGACCCCUGGCUGCGGACAGACAGGUUUACUACAAGGUCAACUACAAGGGUCGAGCUUUAAUGUUCAAUCUGACUGCAAACAAUCACCUGGUUUCAAAUGACUACAUCCUGGAGAGGAGGAACGGCAGCGCCAACACCACUGAGCAUCGUCCUUCUCAGGGGAAUUCCUGCCACCUACUUGGCACCGUGGAAGCCUGGGAUGUGCUGGGAACCGCUGCCAUCAGCACCUGCAAAGGCCUGAGAGGCUUCUUCUCCCUGCCAGAGGGCCACUAUUUUAUUGAACCUGUUCAGAGAUCUCCAGCUGAUCCUGCAGAGGCUCCAGAGCCCCACAUCGUCUAUCCAAGAGUUACUGCAGAGAGUCAGAGGAAAAAACGCAGCCUUGGUUCCAAAAAGACACCCAGCCCUUGUGGAGUUCGAGAUGCCCCAAGUGACUCAGUCCAGGUGGAGAAGGAGAGGGAGGAAUGGGAGAGGGAGCAGCAGAGGGGGGAGGACCAGACUCGGUCUCGCUGGCAGCGCUCGGUCAGCAGGGAGCGAUGGGUGGAGACCAUGGUGGUGGCUGACUCCAAACUCAUCGAAUACCACGGCAGCGAUAACGUGGAGUCCUACAUCUUCACCAUCAUGAACAUGGUGGCUGGGAUCUUUCACGACGCCAGUAUCGGAAACGCCAUCCAUGUCAUCUUGGUGCGUCUCAUUCUGCUACAAGGAGAAGAGAAAGGGUUGAAGAUUGUCCACCAUGCAGACACCACCUUGGCCAGUUUCUGUGCUUGGCAGAAAAACCUAAACCCCCAAAGCGACACACACCCGGCUCAUCACGACGUGGCCGUGCUGGUCACCAGGAAAGACAUCUGUGCAGGAAUGAACCAACCCUGUGAGACUCUUGGUCUGUCUCAUCUGUCCGGGAUGUGCCAACCUCACCGCAGCUGCAACAUCAACGAGGAUUCAGGACUGCCUGUCGCCUUCACCGUCGCUCAUGAAAUGGGCCACAGCUUUGGAAUUCAUCAUGACGGCCAGGGGAACGACUGUGAGCUGGAAGGGAGACACCCGUUCAUCAUGUCCAGGCAGCUGAUGUACGACAGCUCGCCUCUCACUUGGUCCUCCUGCUCCAAGGAAUACAUCACCCGCUUCCUCGACCGCGGUUGGGGUUUCUGUCUCGAUGACCGUCCUUCCAAGAGGGACCUCACCACCCCGCUGGCUCGCCUCGGCGUCCGAUACACCACCCACCACCAGUGCCAGCUCCAGUACGGUCCCAACGCCACCUUCUGCCCUGAAGUGGACAAUGUUUGCCAGAUCCUUUGGUGCUCGGUGAACGGCUCCUGUCGCUCCAAACUGGACUCGCCCAUCGAUGGUACUCGCUGUGGACCAGAGAAGUGGUGUAUCUCCGGAGAGUGCGUGAUCGUCGGUAAGCUCCCAGAGACAGUGAACGGAGGCUGGGGACCGUGGAGCACCUGGUCUUACUGCUCCAGGACCUGCGGGACCGGAGUUCAGUCGGCAGAGAGGGAAUGCAACAACCCUAAACCAGAGUUCGGAGGCAAAUACUGCACCGGCGAAAGAAAGCGUUAUCGGACCUGCAACACGAAACCCUGUCGGAAUAAUAGGCCCACCUUUCGAGAGAUGCUGUGCAGCGAGUUUGACACCGUGCCUUACCACAAUGAGCUCUACCAGUGGAUUCCUGUGGCUAACCCACUGAAUCCCUGCGAGCUGCACUGCCGACCAGUGAAUCAGUACUUUUCCGAGAAGAUGCUCGACACUGUGACGGAUGGGACGCCGUGCUUCAUGAACAACAACUCCAGAAACAUCUGUGUUAACGGAGUGUGCAAGGAGGUAGGCUGUGACUAUGGCAUCGACUCAAAUGCAGAGGAGGAUCGCUGUGGAGUCUGUUUGGGCGAUGGCACAAGCUGCGAGACAGUUUAUAAGUCGUUUGAUGAAGGAGAAGGCUUUGGGUACGUGGACGUGGGGGUGAUACCUGAGGGGGCGCGGGACAUCCUGGUGAAGGAAGUGGAGGAGGCAGGUAACUUCCUGGCUCUGAGGAGCGUGGGGUCCGAGGAGUACUUCCUCAACGGCAACUACAUCAUCCAGUGGAACGGGGAGUACGAGGCCGGAGGGACGACGUUCUUCUACGAGCGCAGCGGGAACAUGGAGAACCUCACCGCCCCGGGACCCACCAAAGAGCCAGUCAUGCUCCAGCUGCUGUUCCAGGAGAGGAAUCCAGGUCUAAAGUUUGAGUACGUCAUCAAGAAGACCAAAGAGACCCAAAACGAGGUCCUUGAACCGAUUUACAGUUGGAGACAUGGAGCGUGGACGGACUGCAGCACCACCUGUGGCCUAGGCGAGCAGCACCAGCCUGUGCGCUGUUUUGAGAUGGAUGUGGGCGUCGUGGAUGAGUCACUGUGUGACCCAGACGACCGUCCAGAGGACAGACACCGAAAGUGCAAGAACAUGGAUUGUCCUGCUAGGUGGUGGGUUGGGGGUUGGCAGCAGUGCACAGCCACCUGUGGAUCAGACGGCUUGAGGAAGCGAACGGUUCUCUGCGUCCGCACAGUUUCGGGAGAGGAAAGAGUGCUCCAUCCUGUGGAAUGCAAGCAUCUCCUUAAGCCCAAGCCUGUGGUGCCGUGCAACCGAGAUGUGCCCUGUGGACAGGAGUGGGCUGUGGGCAGCUGGGAAGAUUGUCCUGUCACGUGCGGUGGAGGCGUUCGAUCGCGCACAGUCACAUGCGCACUGCCGUCCAAAAAGACCUGCGACCUCACAACCAAGCCGAGGUCCAGGUCCCUGUGCGCCCUGCAGAGCUGCCCUAACUCGAGUCUUCGUAGGCGACCGGGACCUCCUCCUAAAUAUCGCCGCAUUUACCCGCCUAAGACCAACUCCACCAAGCCUCCUGGUUCACCCACAUGGGCUCCCGUGAGCAGCACAGCCGCCCCUACGACUGCUACCACCGCCAGCAAGAAAACAACUACAACAGUUUUCAUCCCGACCACCACAUCCCUUUCAAUCCCUGAAACCACAGUCCCCGAAAUCAUAGACGCAGAUGAUUAUGAGUUCAAUGUUAUGGUGAGGAAGAAUGAGGAUAAGAGAGGGAAAGUUUUCCCUGCUAAAUCCAAUGUUGCUGAGAAGGACAGGAAAGUAGGCGUCGUGGAGAAGGAGACGGCAGAAGAGAGGGAGGAAGAAGAAGAGGAGGGAAGCACUCCGAAUGCGGUGAUGUACACUCCAGGAUACGACUACGUUGUCGAGGAGAGGACGGAGAAGACGGAAGUGGAGAGGAUUAUUGAUUUGGAUGUUUUCACCACAGCUGCAUCACACAGAAGACUUCCUAAAUCAACCACGCUAACAUCGCACACACUCAUCACACCCACUUUACAAACAAUUCCACCUACCGUGCACGUGACCGGAGCUCCGACCACAGCUACCUACUCCACACCACACACCAGCACUGAAACAUGGGCAAAGACCACUCACUACUCAUCCAGCCCCCACACCACGUCGCGGAUCAACAGCCGCUGGACUCACCGGGUCGCGCUGACCACUCCUCUGUCCAGGGACCACGCAGUCCCGUCGACAGCCGGCUUCCACACAACGCGAGCUCCUUCGACAACCGCGAGAAAACUCUUCACCACUGCAGCGUCGAGCACAGUGAAGAUUGUGAAACUGAAGAAGCCCGCCGUCACGCCCAAGAAAAACAGCUCGACGACUCGGUCUAAAAAGCCCACCUCCAGGUCCAAAGGCGGACGCUCCAAGAGCCAAAACCAGCGAUCGGGGAGCGACCAAAGCAACCUGAUGGCCAGAGAGCCGGUCAGCUUGGAUUUAUCCUGGGUUGUGGGAAACUGGAGCGAGUGUUCGACGACAUGCGGGAUCGGGGCGAUCUGGCGCUCGGUCAUGUGCAGCUCCCAGAAGGACGAGGACUGUGCCAGCAUGAAGAGACCUGAGCCUGCGCGUACCUGUCACCUGCAGCCCUGCGCCACCUGGCAAAGCGGCAGCUGGAGCAAGUGCCCAAACGACUGUAUGUUGGUGGGGAGGAGGUACCGCGACGUCCAGUGCGUCGAUUCUCAGAGCAAACGUCCUCUCAGACCUUUCCACUGUCAAACUGUGUCCAGCCGACCCCUCAGCUCCUUGACCUGCCCCCACAGGUCCUGUAUGACCUGGAGCACGUCACCCUGGGGACCGUGCUCUGGCAGCUGUGGUGAAGGUGUCAGGGAGCGGCUGGUGUACUGCCCCGAGCCGCACCGCUGCAGCUCCACACGGAGGCCGAACAGCACCGAGUCGUGCAGUUUAAAGCCCUGCACUCGCUGGAAAACCGAGGACUGGGAGGAGUGCUCCGUGAGCUGUGGCGGGGGUCAGCAGCAGCGUGCAGUCAGCUGUGAAAGUGAGCAGGAUUCGGCUUUAAUGCCAAACAGCCUCUGUGAGAAGAUCUCCAAACCAGAAACACUCAGGAAGUGCAAUAUGCAGGAAUGCAGGACAAAUGCAGGCCCAGCUUGUAAGAAGAACACCAUGUCCUCUCGCUUCUGUGACAAGCUGAAGCUGCUGGGCCGCUGCUCUCUCAGGUCAGUCCAAAGACAGUGUUGCGUGACCUGCGGGCCGUGACCAGGGCCGGACACAUCCGACGUAUCCUCAUGAAAUACUGGUACAAAGCCAUCCACAGACUGAGAAACCAAAGUGCUCCCAUGACCACUUGAACAAGCACAUUUUAUUCAGCACAGACGAACCUGGGUCGACUUUUUUUUUCUCCGGCUAUUUUAGUCUUUGCAACGUUUUGCUUGGAAAGUGAGCAGGAGAACAACCCAGAACACUGAUAAAGAGCAGCCAGUUGGACUGUUGGAGGUGUUCGAGGUUGGGGAAGAUGUUUGAUUCAUGUUGAACUGAGCACAAAAGCCUGUCAGACUUAAAAUAUAUAUAUUAUUUUUGGUGAAUAUACUGAAGAGCAAACUCCUGAUGCUUCUGUUAUCAGUUAAAUAACAUUUGUUUUAUGUGACAAUGAGUCAGUCUAAACAUGCAUACGCCUAAAUCAGAUUAUAACAAAAGGCAAAAUGUGCACCUUCCCUCUUCAGAAGAUGAUCAUGUCCGACUGUCAAUUCCCCGCUGGGCCAAAGGUGCUUUUAUGAUUUUAUAAAGGUGCUUUCAUAAUUGAGGUGCUAAUAAUUCACAGCUCAACAGUCAAGUUGCUAGCUAUCUUAUAUAUUUUUCAAAGUGAGCUGGUAAAAGCAGAAUGUAAAAUAAACAAAAAAAAGGACUUCCUGUGACGUUUUUAUUAAUUUGUUAAUAGUUCUGAUAAUCCAGAAAAAAAGUGUUUUACUCAUAGAUUUAGCUUUUAUGUGGUUUUGUUCUCAGAGCUGGCGCUGUGUGUUUACAUCAUCCUCGGUACAAGUUCCUGCUUCAGUCGUUUUGGUUCCGAUUGUCCACGAUAACUAAAUCGGCUGCAGAACCUGCACAGUUCUGCAGUAGAAAAAAAACAAAAACCUGUGGUGCUCCUCCUCUGGUGUGACAUUGUACCAAUGAGAAAGAGGUGUUGCAGGUCAUCCCUCUCAGGUCACUGUCAAGAUGGCCGCCGUGUUUGUGUGAUGUUGUGCAGGCAUUGUCGUUGCUUCGGGUGUGUCACCUCUACUGAUUUGCAAUUCGCAUGUCUCCAUUAAUUAAAUGUGAUGUUUGUGACAAAACUGCUUUGUAACUGAGGCGUGAAAUAAAUACUUUUUUUUUGGAAUA